AUGUCGGACCGAAGUCCCUUGUUUAACAUCCCGGUGCCCAACGGCUCUCAUAGACAACCGCCGCAGCUUCUGAUGCCAUCGCCGGUUUCCAUCAAUCCUAACGAGGCACCAGCGUUACCCCUGGGCUUUCAAGGGUCUCAGGGUUCCCAGGGACCACAGGGACAAGCCAGUGGCGAGCCACCGUUGCCGAAUAUACCGACGAAGAAAACUGGGCCACGUCGUAAACCGCCUCCAAUCGAUUUCUCCAAGAUCGACGGUUCUCACUCUUUCAGCCCUCAGAGCGACAGCCCGGAAAACCACCAUGCUGGGUUGCCUCCUAGCCUUAAAGCCAACGUCAAUUCCACCGUACGUAUUGGCGAGGCCGUUAAAAACCAUACAAAUCAGCAGCGCGUGCCGCCCAACCACCACCAGAACAAUGUCCAACCGCAAAGGCCCGCUAGACUGAAAAACAUAGAUGAUCUCACGCCAGAGGACUGGAACCGUUUGGCCAACACGCAGCAGAUCACAGAACUUGCAAAGCUCGGUGAGGGCAAUGGAGGCAGUGUCUCCAAGUGCCAGCUUCGAAGCGGGUCCCCUAUCUUUGCUUUGAAGCUUAUUAAUGCGGACCCUAACCCAGAUGUUCAAAAACAAAUCAUUCGUGAGCUACAAUACAACCGUCUGUGUAGUUCGCCUAAUAUUGUGAAGUACUACGGCACGUUUAUGGUUGAGGAGCAGCUGAUGAUUGGUAUUGCCAUGGAAUACAUGGGCGGCCGUUCGUUGGAUGCUAUUUACAGAAGAGUCAUUGAGAUUGAUCUGUCCAACAGAAUUAACGAAAAAGUGUUAGGCAAGAUCGCCGAUUCGGUGCUCGGCGGACUCAAUUACUUGCACCAGCAACGUAUCAUUCAUCGUGACAUCAAGCCGUCGAACAUUCUUCUCGACAAACAUGGUAAUGUGAAGAUAUGCGAUUUUGGUGUUUCUGGAGAAGUUGUCAACUCGCUAGCUAAUACCUUUGUUGGCACGCAAUACUACAUGGCCCCAGAACGUAUAAUGGGUAAACCAUACACGGUCAGUUGUGACGUAUGGUCACUCGGGCUCACCCUCUUGGAAGUAGCGCUGGGUCGCUUCCCUUACCACAUUGAGAGCGAGUCGUCCCUUGGACCCAUUGAGCUACUAUCUUUAAUAUUGGAAUACGAACCACACUUGGAGGAUGUCGCGGACGAGGAUAUCUUUUGGUCUGAUUCCUUCAAGAACUUCAUCGAUUACUGUCUUAGAAAAGACCCCGAACAAAGGCCAUCGCCGCUGCAAAUGCUCAAACAUCCAUGGGUCGUUGGGCAGCUGCAAAUAAAGGUGAGCAUGGAUAGGUUCGUGAAGAGGCUUUGGGGAGACAAUUUGGAUUAA